AUGUCCACCGCCGUAGAGUCCUCACCGCCGGCACAAUCCCGCCCCGCGCCGGGCCCGGAACCGGACCCGACAACCUUCAUCCGCGUGCGCGCCACCCUCCCGCGCCUGCCCUUCCCGCCCAGCGCCGCCCGCCAGCCCGUCGUCACGGAGCGCCUCCUCCUCCGGCCCCUCACCCCGGACGACCUGCCCGCCGUCCACGCCCUGCGCACCCAGCCCGAGGUCAUGCACUGGACGGCCCUCGGCGUGCCCGACAAGGAUCUGGAUGAGACCAGGGCCAAGAUCGCCCCCUUCUUCCCGCCGCGUGAUGAGACAAAUUUUAAUUAUGCGAUCUGUGAUCGUGAGUCUGGGGAUUUGAUCGGGCUUGGCGGGUGUCACAACUGGCGGUCGAGUCUGGGUUGGCCGGAGGUUGGGUAUAUGUUUAGGAAGGAGGCCUGGGGCCGCGGGCUGGGGACGGAGUUUCUGAGGGGCUGGCUGCCGGUGUGGGAUGGGUUGGGGAGGGAGGAGGUGGAGAUUGAGGUUGAUCCGCGGACGGUGGAUGAGGGGGAGGUGGAGGGCGGGGAUGGAGUGGUGAGGGGCCGGUUGCUGGCUAUUACGGCGGAUUUGAACGAUCGGAGUCAGGGCGUGUUGAAGAAGGCUGGGUUUGAGUGGUUCCUCACUUGGUUGGCGGAAGACUUGCAGAAGGGGUCUGGGGCGGAUAUGAUGAUUGAGUUGCCGACGUAUAGGUACUUUUCUGGAGGGGAGAAGGUGGGUGAAUAG